CAGUUCACCCCCGAUUCCUAUUAGGAUCUUCUUUUCCCUGUUGGAGACCCUCUCCACCCCCCACAUCGAGCAGCCAUGGCAGAAGACGCAGACAUGCGCAAUGAGCUGUCAGACAUGCAGCAACGCGCUGACCAGCUGGCAGAUGAGUCGUUGGAGAGCACUCGUCGUAUGCUGCAAUUGGUGGAAGAGAGCAAAGAUGCUGGCAUCAGGACUUUGGUUAUGCUGGACGAGCAGGGAGAGCAACUGGAACGCAUCGAGGAGGGAAUGGACCAAAUCAAUAAGGACAUGAAGGAUGCAGAAAAGAAUUUGAACGAUCUAGGGAAAUUCUGUGGUCUUUGCUCCUGUCCAUGUAACAAAAUGAAGAGCGGAGCCAGCAAGGCCUGGGGGAACAACCAGGACGGUGUGGUGGCCAGCCAGCCUGCCCGUGUGGUUGAUGAGCGUGAACAGAUGGCCAUCAGUGGAGGUUUCAUUCGCAGGGUAACAGACGAUGCCCGGGAAAAUGAGAUGGACGAGAAUCUGGAGCAGGUGGGCGGCAUCAUCGGCAACCUGCGCCACAUGGCCCUGGACAUGGGCAAUGAGAUCGACACCCAGAACAGGCAGAUUGACAGGAUCAUGGAGAAGGCCGAUUCCAACAAGACCAGGAUUGAUGAAGCCAACCAGCGUGCCACAAAGAUGCUGGGCAGUGGCUAAACACUCUGAGCCCAGAGCGUAAUCUUCCUGGUGUCCUGCGCCACACAUCAACAGGCGCUGACAUGCUUUCAUCAUGGUAUUGACCUUCUAGGUUUGCACACAUGCACAUAUCACUCCCCUUCCCAUUGUAAAUGUUGUUCUGUGUGUCGUCUGUCCAGCUUUUUCAAGAUGAUUGUCCUCGUAAAAAGAUGAUUUCUUAUACUCCGUAUAUCAUUCUUUCCAAAGGUUGUAUAUAGUGCUGACUUGAUGGAUCUCUAGCUCACUUGUGUUUUUAUUCUCUUUCUCAACAUACCCAUACACAAAAAAGCACAUACACACACACAUACAUAUACAUACAUGCAUACAUACAUGCAUACAUACAUACAUACAUACACACAUACAUACAUACAGUACACUGCUCUGGAUGACAAGUAUAUAAUAGGAAUGCUGAACAAGCUGUUUGUUUUGUUUUCCUUUUCAGUAUCUCAGUAUUGUCUUUGUAAAACUGUGUCAUACCAUUUAGGCUACUGUCAUGCUCCUUAUUUUGAUGUUGUGACGACAAGAAAGAGAGAGAACGGAUGGGGAAAAACCUCAGUAAACACUUACUGAGUGGUGGUACAGCUGAACGAGAUUGCAAAGAGCACUUACAAUCACUUACAAGGCGGUCGUUUAAACAUUUUUCUUCAUUGCAAUCAUACUGAGUUACUGUUUAGACAAUGUGCAACUAGACUCUCUGUAGCUGUAUUAGACAUUGCAUUCCAAGUGAUGUGAAUUGUGCGUUCUCUGCAUGACAAAUGGUAGAUUUUAGUCUUAUAAAUAAAACUUGUCUGAAAAAUAUAUAUAAAAAAUGAUAACAUGGCAGUAGCAAAAUGACAAAACGCAUGCUCAGUAUUAGGACACAGUUGAUCGUUCCAUACUCCUGCAAGUUUGCAAUAGUGCCACUCUUUCUGUCUCGAUAUAUUUACCGACUGUGACCAUCUCGUUGUACAAUAAUGCAAAAGGGAUCAAAAAAGUGAGAAGGCUGAAAAAACACGAGGACCUGGGGUUGUAUUGCAAAAAAACAAAACAAAAAAAAGAAAAAAAUGACCUGUUUUCUAAUGAUUAUGCAGUUCAGUGAUGAAGAUGUUGAUUAUGUGAUGAAAGAUGAGGACUGGUUGUGUUCUGUAACAUAGGUUUUGGAUGCUCUGAAAAAAUAAAUAAAAGUUUGCAAUGUAAAGCAAAGAUGCAUAUUUCUGAGAGACCUUACUUUUAUAAGAAGACUGUAUCUGUUAGUUUAUUCCCCCCGUGUGGUUUGUUAUUGGUAAAAAUACUGAUAGUAUUGAAUAACAAUACCUAUACCCUGAAUCAAAAAAUACAAACAAAAGGGGUUUUUGUUGCUUCUGUACUUUAGAGCUAUGCACACCAAAUCGCCAAAAUGUUGAGUAGUUACAGUAAGGUGAUUAAAUACCUAAACCUGAAUGACACAAUAGGUUCAACUGUGAGAUUGAUGUCCUCAACGCAUGUAAUAUUAAAGACUCCCUCUCUGUAUCCUGUCAGUGUGUGAAGUGGUGGACAUUUUGUAGCUAGCUGAAUUGAU